ACAAAUUCCAGUGAUAAAUUGAAUUUUCACAAAGACAAUUGGUGAGCUUACUUGUGAAUGGUAUUAGUGAUUCAGUUGGUGAAGUUUCGGUAUCAAUCAAACCACAAAAUGAAAAGAAAACAACAUUUGCACACCAAGGAUUUGUGGACGAAAGCGGUAGAAAAGGUAUCGAAGGAAAGGAAGAGAAAACCUCACUUUUCCGCUAUAGCUUUUUCUGUGAUCGACGCACACAAACAAAUGAAAAAAGACGUUUCGUUCACACCACCAGCUUCACCGAGGCGAAUGAACAUGCUGAAACAUGACAGCACAGAUAACAGUCUGAGUAAUCACUUAUCGAUACCGAUGAGUGAUUCAGCCUCUUCGCAAAAUGGAAAAUUUGAUGAAAUGCACCCUUGUAGCCCGACUGCCGACAAGCCGAGAUGUUUCUUGGAAGAAGAUUCUUAUUCGGCUGUUCACAAAGCCGACUUCGCAACACUUUUUAAAAGGGGCAUGAUGUACAAGGGAAUUUACUGGCCAAGUCUUACAAAUAGUUUUCAUUGUAAACAUCUGGAGCUGGCGUAUUUGAGGUACUCCCAUCGGCAGCGACAAAAAUCAUUAAUCAUUGUUAACAUCGUGGAUCUUCUUCUCAAGAUAACUCUAAUAUUCGUAUGGAUUCUAUGCAAUCGAAAGAUCAACAUAGACCUGAGAGCGAAUGCUGAUACGAUAGUUUGGUCUGUGUGCUGCAUGUCCAUCAACAUUGCCGUUUGUGUUCUUGGCUGGUGGCGAUGUUUUGCAAACAAUUAUCUCCACUGGGCCGCUGUAUGCACGUGGCUCCUGCUCACUAUGCAAAGUUUCCUUGCCAGAGGAGUAGGAUUUGGAGUAAAAGAGGACCUAGUGUGGUAUGUCCUUUUCACGAUAUUUGUUCCGUAUGCGAUGUUGCCGCUUCCUUUGAGAUGGUGCAUGAUAGCUGGAGCAAUAUCUUCGAUAGGGCACAUAUGUGUCAUUACAACGGAGAUUUACUUGAAAGAUGAUACUUGUGAAGAUUCCGAUGAAUGCAAAAUAAAACGAAUAUCGGCGAACAUACUGCUCUACAUUUGCGUCAAUUUUGCCGGAAUGUACACGAAAUAUUUAACCGAUCGAAGCCAAAGAAAAGCUUUUCUGGAAACUCACAGAUCAAUGGAAACCCGAUACAGGACACAAAGUGAAAAUGACAAACAGGAAAAAUUGCUAUUGUCAGUGCUCCCGGAUUUUGUGGCAAGAGAAAUGAUACGAGACAUAGAAAGAGAAGAAAGAGGAGGGGCAUUUCAACCUCAUCAAUUUCAUAAAAUUUACAUUCAUCGUUACGAAAAUGUUAGCAUUUUGUUUGCCGACAUAAAAGGUUUCACAGUUCUGUCAACAAAGUGUACGGCCCAAGAAUUGGUGAAAAUUUUAAACGAGCUUUUUGCAAGAUUCGACAAACUUGCUACUGAAAACCACUGCCUAAGAAUCAAACUACUUGGGGAUUGUUAUUACUGCGUGUCAGGGCUGCCAACUCCUAGAUCGGACCAUGCUCACUGCUGCGUGGAAAUGGGAUUGCACAUGAUCAAGGCUAUCAAAGACACAAGAAAUAAGACGCAGGUAGAAGAUUUGGACAUGCGAAUCGGAGUUCAUUCAGGUUCGGUCUUGUGUGGAGUACUGGGUUUGAGGAAAUGGCAGUUUGACAUAUGGUCAUCUGAUGUCCGGCUAGCAAAUCAUAUGGAGUCUGGGGGACAACCAGGGCAAGUCCACAUAUCCGAAGCCACCUACCAGUGUUUGAAUGGCGCCUAUGAAGUGGAACCAGGAAACGGCCAAGAAAGAGACGCUUAUCUGAGAGAACAUGACGUUACUACUUACUUGAUAAAACAAGUCGAACCGCUGAGAACCAGGAGGCGACUAGCAUCAAGACCAAGCAUAUUCUCCAACAAAUUAUGGCCAGAAGAAGAUCUCAUUAGAAGCGGUAUGAGUACUCCUAAAACUCCAUCAACUCCGGCGUCACCUCCAGUACCCCCAUCCAGCGAAAGAAGUGACAGUGGCAUACAAAACAGCGGCAUAGAUGAUGAAAAUACCACUGACUGGAUUCCAGAGAUUCCGUUUGAAAAUCUCCACAGAACCCUCUCGAACGAACUAGACGAAGACGAUGCUAUAUCAUAUAAACAAAAAUAUGAUUCAACUGACCCUCGAUACAAGAAAAGAGGUUCGACUUACGUUUCGACUCUUGAGCAAGUAGAUGAGAUAAUAGACCACAGCAUCGAAAUCGAAAGCAAUAAAAGGAUGAGAAACGCGAACGUGAAUCCUUGGACGUUGAGGUUUAUCGACAAAGACAUGGAACAUCAGUUCAGCCAACUGAGAGAAGACAUGUUCAAGUCAAAUAUGAUGUGUUGCUUCAUCAUAUGGAUAUUCAUCGUAAUCUGCCAAGCAAUAAUAACUCCACUAAAAAGCUUCGUCAUCGCAUGCACAGUAAUCACAACGAUCAUCCUGAUAUCCACAUCAAUUCUGGUAAUGGCGGAGGAAUUCGAACAAUUCCCAGAAUUCCUGAGACGAACCUCAGAAACUUUAGUCCACAAGAGAAAAAGGAGAACUGCGUUUAUUUGUGGCGUCAUCAUCCUGAUGUCUCUGACGAGUUCUUUGACUUUAAUAAAUAUAGAAAACGACGAACCAGUACACAAUAAACGAGUUCAGAGUCAAUAUUUGAGUGACGACAGCAACUUCUCGUUGGUUGUCAACUUGAAGCUGGAAGCAACUUUCAACAACAACUUCACUAUACUGUUCGCAAACAGAACCGACUGUAGUGGAAGUUGCAUCAAAGGCGUCCUCGAAAAUAUUGAUAUAAACGGUAUCAUCGAAGACGCGGCGAAUAUCUCGAAGUUGGCCAACAAGACCUCGACAAUUGUCAAAAAUCUGAACCAGAAGUUGACUAACCUCACAAGGGGUUUAAUGACCCAAACAGAUGCUCUCAAGGAGUUGAAAAGCAGACUUCGUCGGAAAAAAAGAGAGAUCGAAUCUACGACGAACAACACGACAGCAAAUUCAACAUACUCUACGACAGAUUCAACUAUAGAUGUAUUAACAGAAACAGUCCCGAAUUCCAAUAGUACUCAAUCAUCGGAGCAGAUAGAAUUUGACUGCAAACACCCGGAAUACAUCGUAUUCACGUGGGUGCUUUGUUUGAUCGCACUGGCUACUGCUCUCAAGUUAUAUUACCUGAUAAAACUUUUACUGGCUUUCGUUAUGGUGACAGUUUACGCCAUCUUGAUCAUUUUGCCAUCCAAUGUCUUCAACGAACGAGGAUCUUCAAUAACCGUGCCAGAGCUCUUCAUUCCACUUUCUGCCCAGAUGUUUAUAUUACUAGUGGUAUUUUUUCUCAUGGUGGCGUAUCAUGCCAGGCUGGUAGAAGUUACGUCAAGGCUAGACUUUCUAUGGAAGCAACAAGCUGAAAGAGAACUUAAUGACAUGGAAGAAACUAGACAUAAUAACACGCAGCUGUUGAAAAACAUUCUACCUGACCAUGUGGCACAGCAUUUCUUAUCUAGCGAUAGAAAUAGUGAGGAACUUUACGCUCAGUAUCGACACGAAGUGGGAGUGUUAUUUGGAAGUAUACCAAACUUCACGGAUUUCUACUCAGAAGAUAUCAACAAAGGUGUGGAGUGUAUAAGGCUUUUGAAUGAAAUAAUAGCUGAUUUCGAUGAACUACUAGAUGAAGAACGAUUCAGCACUAUAGAAAAAAUUAAAACAGUUAGUGCCACAGCUACAUAUAUGGCAGCAUCUGGUCUCAAUCCAACGCACAAAGAUUGUCGGAAUUCAGACAGCCCGGAACAUCUCUGCGCCCUGGUGGAUUUCGCCAUGUUGAUGCGUCACAAAUUGGAGGCCAUCAACAAGGAUUCCUUCAACAACUUCAGACUGAGGAUAGGUAUCGCUUGCGGACCACUCGUAUGCGGAGUAAUAGGGGCAAGAAAACCGGUUUUCGAUAUUUGGGGAGACACUGUGAACCUCGCCUCCCGAAUGGACUCGACAGGAGUCAUCGGUGCCAUACAAGUGCCCAAAGAAACGGCCCAAAUAUUAGGCAUGAGAGGAUACGAACUCAAGAAGCGUGGAAUCAUCGACGUCAAAGGAAAAGGUCAGAUGGAAACUUACUUCGUCAUCGGCAGACAAAUAAAACGGCCUCCGAGUUUCCAAAGACAGCCGAGCCAUUAUAGCAGUUUGGCGGCGGUGGUUUAUGCUGUUGCUCAAACGAGGAGGAAACACACAGGAAAUACUCCUGGCAGCUCGGUAUUCGGAAGGGCUAGGACGCAACAGAAAACAGAAGGCGGCAAGAAAAUUAUCAACUAUAGUUCUAUGAGAGUUACUCAGAAGCCUUUUGGAUAUCCUGUCAGAAGAAAUACCACACGAGCUAAUCAAAAGCAGAUGCAUGCUAGAUCCCAACCAAACAUGAGGCAGCUGUCCGGUUCCGGUACCUACCUGGAAAACAUGAAAUCCAUGAAGUCAAUAGAUCGAGACGUUACCUCCAACACCUUAAAUCGAAUGACGGUUUCUCAGUCGGCGCCCCACACUCCCGUUUCAACUUCGAAUCACGACGGGCCAGUUUUCAAAUCAGUACCCAGACUACUUUCCGAACCAAUAGUCAAUCGAUCGAAAAGUUGCUCGCCCUGUACGAAAACUAGUCGACUCGAAAGAAAUAUUUCCAUUUUGAACGAUAAGAAGAUGGAAGUUUGUACGAACGAUUCCAAUGAUACUUCUAAGGCAAAACCUACUGGAGUAGUUCCAGUGCAUUCUCCCAAACAUCUGAACAAGAAGGAAUCAAAAUUCUCCUUGAAGUCUCCAAUGACAAGAAGGGAAACUAAAAUUCAACUGGAGAAUUCGAUGAAUAGGGAGACAUUGAACAAGGUGCAUUCCUUGGAUGGGACCCAUGUAUAAUUCAUGUGAAUUUAAAUUCAUUCAAAAUAUUUGAGGUGCUCUUUUCCAAAUCCAAAAUGUUUCAUUCAGGUCUAUUCAUUAUCUCUGUUAAUUUUGAACCAAAUGGAAUAUUUUUGUAAAAUAUAAUUUUUCCAGCAGCUGGAAGAAUGCGUAUAUAAUUUUCUUAAUAACAUUUUUCAUGCAUCAAUUGAUUCCACAGGACUUACUUAUCAAGAAAAAAUAUAUGUAUAGUUAUAGUUGUGAAAUCAGACUGAUUUUUCAAAAAUGUAAUGGUUUUCCUUUGUGUUCUCAUCUUUCAUCAAGACAAUGAACUGGUGUGAAAGUAAUAUUCCAUAUAGAUGUAUUAACUUCAUAUUUUUGUAUGUAUAGUUGUAGAAUGUUAUAGAAAUUUAUUUUUUAUCUAAACCAUUAGUGUUCUUCAAUUCAUAUAAUAUAUGGCACAUAUUAUGUGCCAGAAUUUUUCUGAAUUUUGGAUAUUUUUUCAGAAAUUGUCUAUUUCUUGGGAUUCUGACUAUUAAAAUAUCAGAUAGGGUUUGAAUCAGUCUAUUAUAUGAAUUUACUUGGAAAUUUCAGUUUGAAAAAGUCGUUCAAAGUCAGGAAAAUACUUAUUUUCCAGGUGACAGUUGCCAGAACCUAGAAAUUUUGUAAGAGUUGACCAUUUCAAAUUUGAAAUAUUAAUUUCAAGAUCAAAAUUGAUACACUAUGGCUUUAAACUGAGAAAAUCAACGUUUGAUUCGUACUUCUGAUGUUUAAACUGAUAUUUUGAACUAUAAACUUUCAUAUCGAAUGCAAUCUUGGAUUUCUCACUUCAUUUCCCACUUACCUGAACUUUUCAACUUUCUGUUCAGUCUUCUACAUUUGAACUGUUCAAUUUUUUCCAAAUCGACAAACUUAUUUGCACUCUAUUUUGUUAAUUUUUUCAAUUUUGGCAGCGUCAUUUCUCAGAUGAAAAAUUGUUAUUCGUUUAUUCUCUACAUUCUCUACCGAACAUAAUAUAAAUUAUUUGCUUACAUAUUUUCUUACAGGUUUUGAAGUCAACCUGGGCUAUUUGGUGAUUGUAACCUGGGUAUUUCUUGUGAAAUUUCAAAAUUUGAGACAUAAUUAAAAUUACUUUUUAUAAUGGAA